AUGAUACGACUAUAUGUUAUAUUGUUCAAAAUUCUCGUUGUAAGGUCAGUUGUCAUUCAGACGCCGAAUGGUGAUAUUAGUGGUUCAACUUCCAAUGGGGUCGAUAUCUACUUAGGUAUCCGCUACGGUGACAUAAGUGAACGUUGGUCUCCGGCACAGUUGCCUCUGGCAUGGACUGGUAUCAUCAACGCUACUUCCUUCAGUUCGAUCUGCUAUCAACUGGGGCCCUACGAACUACCGCAACCCUAUCCAGAAAGUGAACACUGUCUAUUUUUGAAUAUAUGGGUACCUCAACAUGUUACCUCGAGUCCUGUUCGUGUGUGGUUCCACGGCGGUGGGUAUACAGCUGGUGCAGGGAGUGAUUAUGACUCACAGGAGCUCGCUCGUCUCUCUGGAUCGAUCGUUGUGACAAUUAAUUACCGCCUCGGAUCGUUUGGCUUUUUCAAUUUACCUUUCACAAGCGAUGUGAAUGUGGGAUGGCUUGAUCAACAGUUAGCACUGAAAUGGAUACAAGCAAACAUCGGGGCGUUUGGCGGUGACAAAACAAAUGUGAUGUUGUUUGGACAAUCAGCUGGCGGGAGCUCUGUCCUGGCUCAUCUACUGAUGCCCGCGAGUUGGCCGCUCUAUUCUAAAGUGAUUAUGCAAUCCGUCGGACCAUUUAUUCUUCCGGACUGUAAAGAAAGUGAACAGCGUAACAUAGAAUUACUUGAGAAGUACUAUCCUGAGUGUCAUUCGAACCUAACUUGUAUUCGGACGAUGAAUGCCUCAGUAUUCAAUCAACGACUCAAGAACGAAAAUAUUAACUGGAUCGAUUUCUGGCCUUGCGUAGGUGGACGAUCGCAAUUGCGCGCACAACCUCUCGCAUUAAUUCGUAAAGGGGAAUAUAAGAAGGUACCGAUACUUGCUGGAAUCACCUAUAAUGAAGGACAAAGCGUUGCACUCUCUUUCAAUCAGUUUCAGAUAGAAAUGAAUUCAACAAGGUAUCGACAACUGGCAUCGCAGUAUAAAAUACCUGCAGAGUUCACUAGUAUAUACGAUAAACCAGGAGACUAUUUCAGUGCGUUCAGUGGGCUUUUUGGAGAUUAUCAUAUUAGCUGUCCUAGUAUGGCGCUCUUCAAUCGCCUUUCACCAUCGAUCUAUGUCUAUUCAUUCGUUCAUGCAACUGAGAAGUGGGCGUUCACUCCAUUCCACUUCAAUGCCACCCAUAGCACCGAUAUACCCUAUGUAUUUUACAAUCAAUUUGCCUCGACGAAUUUCACUGUGGAAGAAGCAUCACUAUCCAAAAGAUUGAUUGAAUACUUUAAAAUUUUUCAUUUGAACGGAUCGCCGUUAUGGCCAGCCUACGAGAAUAAUCAAACAGUACUGGUGCUUGAUUUUGACAUUAAGUCACAAUUCAGUCUCGGUGAACGGCUUUUGGAGUAUUGUCCACGAAUUCUGAAAUAUCUCGAAAAAUAUGAUUGUGAAGUCUAUUCAACUUCUCAAACUUGUUUAGAAAUAGACAAUUGUCAGUGGAUCGAUGAGAAAUGUCAAGCACCGUCACCAUCAUCAGCUUCUCGCAUUCUUUACCACGACUAUCUAUUUGUUCUCCUUAUUUUAUUUUCAGGGAACUUUCUAUAUUGGUCAUAA